AUGACCAAUCCCCGAUCCUCCAACCUCCCCAGCUCCGUCCUCGUAAUCGGCGGCUGCGGGUUCCUGGGCCGCCACAUCGUCUCGCAGCUCCUGGAACCUUCAACCUCCAAGGUUUCCGUCCUCGAUCUCCGGACGACAAACAACCGCCUCCCGGGCGCCUCCUACUACGAUGCCGACAUCACAUCUCCCGAAGCCGUGCGCGCGGUGUUUGAGGAAGUCAGACCCCAGAUCAUCAUACACACCGCCUCGCCGACUGCGAUGCAGGACAAUGCCAGCGCGGCGCAAAAGAAGGGGGCUAAGGCCCUCUACUAUAAGGUUAAUGUUGGAGGGACUAGGACUUUGAUCGUGCAAGCGGGGCUGGUUGGCUGUGUGAAAGCUUUCGUGUUCACGUCGAGUGCGUCCGCGGUACAUGAUGGGCACAGCGACCUCAUCAACGCGGACGAGCGAUGGCCUGUUUUACGCGCACCGAAACAGAAGGACGCCUACUCUGAGUCUAAAGGCGUAGCGGAGGAGUUGGUACUUGCCGCAAACCGGAAAUAUGGCGAUAUGCUCACGAUUGCGUUACGACCUGCUGGAAUAUUUGGGGAAGGGGAUAUGCAGUUGAUACCCAAUCUCCUGUUGGCGUAUGAGAAGGGGCAGACGAGAUUUCAGCUGGGUGAGAACGAGAAUCUUUUCGAUUUCACCUAUGUUGGGAACGUGGCAUACGCACAUAUACUGGCUGCAGUGGCACUGAUGGAUACGCAUGCCCUGACAACACAACCACUGGAUCACGAAAAGGUGGACGGACAAGCCUUCUUCGUCACCAACGCACAACCUCUCUACUUCUGGGAUUUCACCCGCAUGGUGUGGAAAGCUGCAGGAGACAAGACCACUCCGGAGCAGGUCUGGACAAUUGAAAAAGGGCUGGGACUGCUGUUCGCGACGAUCAUUGAAUGGUUAUUCUGGUUUGCUGGGGGCAGGACGCCAAAUUUGACGAGGCAGAAGGUGCAAUUCAGUUGUAUGACGAGGUUCUAUUGUGUGGACAAGGCGAAGAAGUUGUUAGGGUAUGGGCCGAAGUGGGAGAUGGAGGAGGCCAUAUUGAGGACGGUGAAGUGGUUCCAGGAGAGGGAUGCUAAGGAUGGGGUUGAGAAGAAGGUGCAAUAA